UCAUCAUCAGCAGUCAUCAUCAUCACAACAACCAAGACGACGCUUACCAUCUGAAAUCCUCCAUUUCCAUCCUCCCAAAGCUUGCUCGGCCGGAUAAUCAUCGUUGCAUCCACACCACCCCACGGAUUCGCCCGAAAGCACACACACACACACUCGAUCAAUACAAUCAAUAGCUCCUGGAAGCCGAGCAAACUCCACCAUUGUUGUCGACGCGGGUUUUCUAUCUAUAGAUAAAGCCCAUCUUCGACCCCGGAUUUCUGUACAAGAAAACGGCAGAUCUCCUUUGCACAUCAUCAACAACACCAAACUCUCUCACAACUCUCACACACACAUCCACACACACAAUGUACGGCUCAUACAGCUCAUACAGCUCCAUGAGCGCCAUGUCGGCCGCCAUCGACAUCAGCCCCUCCAACCUGCGCAACUCCCGCGAUGCCUCGUGCGCCUUUCCCUCGUGGCCCAGGCGGGAGUCGCUCUCCGAGUUCGACCGCGAGGAGCGCGCCACCUCGUUCCUCUCCGACGACGACCUCCUGCUGUCGGACCCCUUUGACGACGACAGCCACAGCAUCGCCAGCUCCAGCGCCUCGUCCUCGCCCAUCAUGAUGCAGUCACCCCCGCGCCUGACCGACGCCGAGGUCCUGGAGAUGCAGCGCGAGAAGCUGGCCCUGCAGCGCGAGUGCAUGCGCCAGAUCAUGCUCGAGAAGGAGCGCCGCAAGCAGGCCGCCAAGAAGAAGAGCCGCUCCGCGCCCGGCUCCAAGAAGAGCCCCAAGUCCAAGCUUGCCUCCAUGACUCCCAUCUCCGAGUAA